UGAUAAAAGGUAACUUCCUUCUAGGGUGAAUUAAAGUGGGAGCUGAGCAGGUUGCGGGACUUAGGAGAAGUGUACACAAAGACUUCAUUGUUGCCGAAAUGAUGCAGUAUCAGCUCCUCAUAUCAUCACUCGACAUUGAGGCGGGUCUGUUGUAUUAUGAUUAAGGCCUAGAAAUAUUGGUUACUCCCAGGUCAGGGAGAUUGCGAUUCAUCCCUCAAAAGGAAAUGAAAGAAGUGGAUUUUCCAUCUUAACCUGUGUGUUUCGUUAUGCGUUUUUAGUGCGCGCGCAUACUUUCUCUGAUAGUCGCGAGGUUAAGUUGCUCGCAUCGACACACGGUAACAUGGAGGAAAGUUUUCUGCAAAGUGUUUUGCACUUCUACGAUGAAAAGAACAGCUCACUUUCCACGGAAAACCUGGAAAACUUACUGCACAUCAUUACAAGCAGACGCUCGGCAUUUAUCGAUAAUGACGCCAAUCCUCUGAGGAAUGUUGAGUGUUUGUCGUUGCGCGAGCUGCUUUUUGCCUUUGGGUUAGGUAAUGCUUCUACUGUAAGCAUUGAUGAUCUGGAGAUGAUGUGUCCAGCUGUUCUCACUCAGGUCCUGCUGCCUGCUUGUCCCUAUACACCUGCUUCAAACCUGACUGUCUCUGACCACAAAAUUUGGGGUUAUGGGUUCCUGGCUGUGACUGUGAUUAACCUUGCUGCUCUGUUAGGGUUAUUUCUGGUGCCUUUCACAAAAAAAUCAUAUUUUCCAAAAGUCCUGACUUACUUCAUUGGACUGGCCAUCGGAACGCUGUUUUCAAAUGCUGUACUGCAACUGAUCCCCGAGGCUCUUGGAUUAGACCCCAAAGAUGAUGACUAUGUAUUGAAUGCUGUAGGGAUUUUCGGUGGGUUUUACAUAUUGUUCUUCACUGAACGAGUUUUAAAGAUGGCCCUGAAAACUGAUGCAGAGCUUGGCCACAGUCAUUUCCCUCCCCUGCAGUCAGCUGAUAUCCCCAUCACCACCUUCAGCAAUGACACUGUUAUAAACAAUAUCAGCAGUGACAUCAUUACAAACCACACUCAUCAUGACAUCAGCUGUAAUGAAAAGUCCAGUUGUCCAAGUGAGAGCUCAGCUAUUGACCAGAAUGCAUGUGUCUUAUGGGCUUGUCACUGGCUGAGAGCAGACCGAAUGUCUAAAAUAAAGACUGUGGCGUGGAUGAUCACUCUCAGUGAUGCCCUUCAUAACUUCAUAGAUGGUCUGGCCAUCGGAGCGUCUUUCACACUAUCCCUGCUCACUGGCUUUAGCACCUCUAUUGCCAUUUUCUGUGAAGAGUUCCCUCAUGAGCUGGGUGAUUUUGUGAUUCUGUUGAACUCGGGAAUGAGUGUGGCCCAGGCUGCGUGUUUUAAUCUCCUCUCAGCUAUGUGCUGUUAUCUUGGUCUUGCGUUAGGGAUUGUGUUGGGCAAAAGUUUUGCCCCAAAUGCCAUCUUUGCUAUCGCUGGUGGAAUGUUCCUCUACAUCUCCCUUGCAGACAUGUUCCCAGAGAUGAACAGUAUCAUGGCAGCACAUAACAGAGGCUAUCGAGGAAAGGUUGUGUUCUUCCUGAUCCAAAAUGCUGGGCUGCUCACUGGAUUCGCUGUAAUUCUGCUUAUUACCAUGUUUGCUGGAGAAAUCAAUCUGGGGUAGAAGGACAGCAAUAGCUUUUAGUGCCAGAAACCAAAAACUUGAGACACUUAUUUUAAGUUUGUAGUAUAGACUGUAUUUACUGUUGAAAAAGUUACAAUCAUACAGUCCUGGAGGACAUGAUUUUCAUCAAACCUUUUGUGAGUGUGUCCUACUGUCUGAUGCGAGUUGGCAACAAUACUCUGCUGUGUGUGGAGAAAUUCCUUAGUGGCAGUGACAGCCUAGCACAGUGAAUGUGAGGAGCUUUGUAGUCUAAAUGCCAGUACUGUAGCCUAGCUCAGGCACCUUUUGAGUAAGACUGUUUUGAUCUUGUUUGCUCUUUUUAACCAUUGCGUGAGUGGGUCUUUGUUAUGUUACAGUUCAUAUUGUUGAUUUGAGGAAAAACACUAUAUGUCAAUUUCAAUCUUGCUACUACUAUUUGUAUCAGUUAAAAUAAUAUGGUAUACUACCACAUACUGUUUAUGAUCUUAUUCAAUGAAUGUCUUAUUUUUAUGUUAGAACAAUGAAGCUUGACUGAACAGAGACAGAAAUGCUAAGUCAAGAAUUAUAUUGAAAAUAUGUGAGCCUGCUGUGAAUUCCAGGCUAAAGUCUCGUAAUCUAAUUAUGAGAUUGGGAGCAUCCAUUGAUUUCAAUCUUUGACAUGGCCUUUUUCAGUCAAUAUUAAAUAUAUCAGGGUUAUUUUCACACAAUGUUCUUUACAUUAUAUAGAAUGAUUUUAUAUAGAAAACAUUAAAUCACAGGCAGGGUCACAUAUCUAUAGCAGCAUCAAUGUCAUAUUACAAUGUUGUAUAGUACAUCACAUAGUGACAUUGUGUAUACAGUAAUGGCUAUAGAACAGGCAUUUUGGGAUGCUGCAGAAACUGAAAUCAAGCUGGGAAAAUCCAGACGUAUCACCAAGCUUUUCUCACUGUUACUUUCACAAGUCUUCACAACAGGUCACAUUCAAUUCAAAUAAAAAAAAAUAGUUGGCAGCACAGUUGAUAAUAAUGGUGGUCUUGAAUCAAUGGGAGUGCAAGGAAACUGAUUUACAGUUGACAGAUUUGGAUGUUAUCUUUUAGAACAUAUAUCCCAGAGACAUGGGAUAAAGUUAAUCUGAUGGCAUAAUUGAUCCACAUUAGGCUUUAAAACAUGCUGUUAUGGUUAAGUAGUGUGCUUUUUAUGUCUUAAGAAGUAUAAUUAGACAUUUACAAUUAUAUUUAAUUGUCAAAGAUUUUAAGCUGACUCAUCUCCUAGCUUGGCUCUUUAGGGCAGCAUGUGGAGACUGUCGGAUUGUGAUUGAGAUUUUUUCAUAUGCAUUAAAUCUUUCAUAUAUUUUAUAUAUACUUAUAAAAUGUUACAUUUUGGUUUGUAAUUGAUAUUGCUUGUAGUGGAAUAAUAAAUACGAGUAAAACAAUAUUACUCAGUGUUUCUGUAGUGCAACUGGCAGAGCAUUAAUUGCAUUAGAAGCAGAAGUGGACUUAAGUAUUUUACUUUCUACAUAAAAGUAAAUGUUCAAGUAUUUGUAUUUUAUCAGUGUUUUUCUUUGGAAAAACAUAAUUUUUAC